AUGCCACGGGUUCUGGCAGAUCCAAAGCCCAAGGCCGCCAGAGGGGCUCGUGGCGGGCUGUCAGUGCUUGACCUGAGGCAGAGGCUGAAAGCUUUGGGCCUGCGUGUGACUGGAUCGAAAGCCGAGCUGGAAGAACGUUACGAGGCGGCCACGUCUGCCCACGAGGGCAAGAGAGAAAGAGAAGGAGACGAUGGAGACGAGGAGCUUCCGACCUCGCCAAAGCGUGCGAAGGUAGAGGCUUCUCCCAAGAAGUCGCGGAAACCAAGCUCGCCAAAGACGAGUUCUCCCAAAUCCAGUGCAAAGCUGGAGGAGCCCCCUAGCUCGCCAAAGCGCGCAAAGGUAGAGGCUUCUCCCAAGAAGUCGCGGAAACUAAGCUCUCCAAAGACGAGUUCUCCCAAAUCCAGUGCAAAGCUGGAGCCGGAUACUCUAGAGAGGAUGGUUUCGGACGGCGACGUGGGGGACCCUUUGGACUUCGAAGCUGAGCUCGAGGCACAGUUGGAAGGCCUUGGUGACUUCAAGCCGGAACAGUUGGAGGAAGCGACUCUUGCCGACGAGGCCAAAGAAGAGAAACUCGAGCCAGGCCAGGCUUCGGCCGGCCGCGAAGCUCCCGCACUCCAGGAGGUGAACGAGGUGAAGGAGAUGUGUUCGGCCGCCAUGGAGUCGGAAGACCUGCUGCCCGACGAGUACAGGUUGCAGUUAGAGUCGCCUCACAAAGAUUUGAUUGACAUGGUAAUGAGUUCGCACGCCUGGUGGCGAGCGGGGCUGCGGUCCUUGGUGCAAAGCCUCAAUGACCUGAACGAGGUGGACCGCGCGGAGUUGCCCAAGAAGAUGGAUCAGAUGGGAGCCUCGCAGCUGGCCAAGCUGCUGCGUCGAUUCCAGGAGGCCGUGGAGCGUCCGCUGAAGUCCUUCUCGGAUCACCUGAAGCCCGCGCUCGCCCGGCGGAUUCAUGUGGGGACCAUGGACCUCAUGGGCAGCUCACAUGAAGCUUAUCGUCGAACGUUCGAAUUCAUUGAGCUGACGAACACCUGGAACGAUCUGGACGUGCCCACACGCGCCAUCAGCAAGACCUACAGGCAGCUUGAGUGUGGAUACAGAGACCCCUCGAUGUACAAGGCCCUCGCGCGCCGCGCUGGCGAUGCCCGCGACUCCUUCCGGGUGGUGGUGAAGGUGAGCUGCGUUGCAACGCACAUCCUGAGACUUCAGCAAGUUCAGGACUGGUGGCCGAAGCUCUGGCAAGAGAAGUACCAGCACUUGGCGCCUUGCACCGUGGCCUUCCUGUGGCAGUUUCCACCCAGCUGGGUGUACAGCGACGAGGCCUACCAAAGGAUGGAGCGGCUGGUGGAGUAUUUGGCCUCCAACAAGAGUGGCGUCCAGGAGGCGCGCCACAUCGUGGACUUCAGGGACGGCUCGUGGUACCGCGAAGACGUCUACGAAUUCUUGAAGAAGCACCGUUGGUGUUUAGCCUGGUUGCAUUUGAACAAUGCGGACGGUUGGGCGUCCAACCUGCCCUCCGGCUGGACGGACCGAGUGCAGACGACGAACUUCUGCUUCUGUCGGCUCUUCGGCCCCGACGGGCGAACGCAUGGCAUCUAUGACAACAAGUUCUUGCACGAGCUUUUUGAUAGCUGCCCAAUGGGCACCACGAGCUAUGUGCUCUUCGGGAACAAGGAGGACCACAUUUGUGCCAAUGUCAGCGAUGCGCCGCAAGAAGAGCAUGACUUCGAGCGUAAGGAAUCCAAAGCAUCACGACAAGAUUGCAGUGCUCCAGCCCUCGACUUCGCCGGAACUCUCCGGGUGGAAUCGGUGCAACCGGAGCAUGGGCCGCUACGGCCGCGAGCUGAGCGCUCGGCACGAGGACCGGAUCCCGCGGGGAAGUACCUGGAUGCGGCGCGGCAACGGCGGAAGGACCACCGAAGCGGCCAGACGAGGCCGGAGGCGCCGAUCGAGUGGCCGGUGGCGGAUCUCACCGGUGGCUUUGACGCGGAGGCCGUGAGCAGGUGGCUGAAGGAGCUGGAAGCUGGGGGUCGCCUGGCAUUCCGGGGCCUUGAGAAGGAGCAACGGGCUGUGGUGCAUCGAUUGGCGCAUCAACUGGGCUUCAUCAACACCUCCAAAGCCGAUCCAGAGGGAUGCUCUGCCCGGAUGGUCUGCGUGCUGCGGCCGCACACCACCUCCGCGCAGCCGCCGUCCGCGGAGUCCGCGUCGGCAGAGGUGGCGGCGAGCUCGAGAGAGACCCGUUCCGCCUUCGUCGCUGGGCCGCCCACGUCGCCGCCGGCGCGGCGCUGGCGCCGGAGCGCCGUGAAGCGGGGUGGUGCCGGCGUGGGACAGGAGACUCCUGAUGCCAGACUGCCGCUACCAGUUUCCAUGCCAAUGCAAGAGGUGGAUGAGGCACCGAUGACUCUUGGCACCCUUUCGAAGGUGACGGGAUCGCUGUGCAUCGUGUGGCUGCGGGACGACCUACGGCUGCAGGACAACGAGGCGUUGCUGCGCUCCAUGAGCUUCUCUGCAGUGGUGCCAGUCUUCAUUUUGGAGGAGCCAGUGGUCGAAGCCCACGGGCUAAGGAGCCUGCGCGGUGCCGCACGCUUCUGGAAGCACGAGUCCCUGCGAGUCUUCUCCAAGACCCUGGCCUCGUUAGGCUCGGGGUUGAUCCUGCGCGUGGGAGGAGCUGCGGGAGCGGAGGCAGAGCUGCUCAAGAUCUGGCAGGAGCUUGGAGCGCCGCAGGACAGCACCUUAGCCUUCAACCGCCGUUGCGAGCGCUGGCAGCAGAGUGUGGAUGAGCAGUGCAGCAACGCUUGCAGAAGAGCUGGUCUGAAGGUGGAGAGCUUUCCAGCCAAUGUGCUUUAUGAGCCCCAAGAUCUGCAGCCCAUUGAGCGUUGGCAGCGCUGGCGUGCACGGGUGCGGGCCGCGAGCGGUGAGGCUGGAGGACGUCAGAAAGGCCUCGAGCACUUGAGUGGUUUUGGCAGCUAUCGUUUCCUGGCUCAUGCCUUAGAGGAAUUGGGCCUUCCCGCCAAGCCGUUGGCGGCCGUCGUGCGUUUGCCCCCUUUGCCUGUGCUGCGUUCGGAGCCGCUGUGUGUGCUGGGCCUGGGCGACACUCGGGGCAUUGGCUUCACCAGCUGCAGAAGGCAGUCGCAGCCUGGCGCUGGCAGUCAUCGCGAUUGGGCGCGGGGGAUACGAGCCUGGUGGCGUGUGGGAGAGGAGGCAGCCCAGGAGAGGUUGAAGAACUUCUUGGAGGUGCUGGCGAGGGGAGACUUUGAGGGCCGAAAGCGCCUGUUGAGCGACGAGAAGAACACCAGUGAGCUGUCGCCAUAUCUUCGCUUUGGGGAGAUUUCAGCGAGGUUCGUGUACUGGGCUGCGAGGUCUCAGUGUGCGCAGAGGACGGAACAGAAGAUUUUCCAACAUUCAGGAUACGGAUACGAGCAGGAGCGGCCAAAGGCCAAUGCCACCUUCCUGCGGCGCUUCAUGUGGCGAGACCUGGCGUAUUGGUUCCUUUGGGAAUUUCCCUCUUUGCCGCACACCUCCCUGCGUCUGCAGUACGAGGAGCAGGCGUGGAAUGGCACAGAUGUUGAGCUGAAGAAGUGGCAGAAGGGAGUCACAGGUUUUCCCUUGGUGGAUGCCGCCAUGCGGCAGCUGUGGCACGUGGGAUGGAUGCCCAACUAUGUGCGGCAUGUGGUCGCACAGAUGCUCAUUGAGUAUUUGGACAUCAGCUGGAAGCAUGGGCUGGACUGGUUUGACUGGACGCUGGUGGAUGCGGAUGUGGCCAUCAACAGUUUCAUGUGGCAGAACGGUGGUCAUUCGGGGCCGGAUCAGUGGGAGUUCGUGCUGCACCCGGUGAACGCGGCCAAGAGCUGCGACCCACUGGGCACCUACGUGCGCCGCUGGGUGCCGGAGCUGCGCAGCUGCCCGGCGGAGUGGAUUCACCGGCCUUGGGAGAUGCCCUUGGGAAGGAGGACGUGGAUUUAUUUGGAGCCGAUGAUCAAGGACCUGGACGAGGCCCGGCGCCGCCACUGCCGGAACGUCUUGGAGGUGCGCCGGAGGCACCCAGAGACCAUUGCGCGGAACGGGCACGAGUGGCUCAAGCUGCCCGGGCGGAAGGGAUUGCUGGCCAAGUUGGUAACCCGCCAGGAGUUCCGUGCCGACACGGAGGAUUUCAUCUUCUAUCAGAGCCGGCCCAAAGGCCGCUUUGCGAAGCCGAAGCCGAAGCCACUGGAUGACAACCAAGCGGUGCUGGCGGAGCACAUGGAGCUUUGA